AUGGCCCCACCGCUCGCUGGAAGACCGCCCUUUGCAACCGACGAACCGGACAGUGUCUAUGAGAACUCUCCGCAACCUCGUCGUCGAGCUCCGCAACCACAGCCACCUACCGAUGAUCGCAACUCGACUUACGAUGUGUACGACAAUUACCUCACCCCCGGCGACAGCAACAACCACCAAAACCGUAACAGCGGCAUUGAAGGUCUUGGAAUGGGGUUCAUGAAUGGUAACAUGGAUGACGCUGAAAGCUCUGACGACGAAGACGAUAUGCUACGCAGCAGAAUGGCCUCGUCACCGAAGAAGCCGUUGUCCAAGAACGCCGCCUUGGCAGCUGCUACUGGUGCUUCACCUUCCAAGCAAGACAGAUUGGAGACCCCUCCCCCACAAUAUGCUCAGCCCCAGCAACAGCAACAACGCAAACCAAUGCCAGGUCCCUCGUCGCCUCCUCCCAUUGCUGCUCCUCGUCCGGGAUAUGCUGCCCCGAUUGCUGCCCUGAGCCAGAUGAACGCCAAUGGCAAUGUUGCCAAACCAGAGCCAGCUGCUGCCCUUGCUGGAAGAAACAACAAUCCGAAUGGUCUCCGCAUUGUUGCUCCUCCGCCGAUUGGAACACCAUCACCGACGUCUUCUCCUCACCCGCUUGGUGCUCCCGUGACCCCCAUCACUCCCGUCUUCGCUCGUCCUCAACGUACUGCGACCAUGGAGUCUAACAACUCUGUCUCCUUCUCGGAAACUAAGGGUCUCAUCAUGCGAGGGGACAGCGAGGAAACUUUGCUUACACGCGGCCGCGGAGAGAAAGGCGACCAAUUCUGGCGUCGAUUCAGUAUGGUCGCGAAGGACCCUUCAGAAAAAGGACCGUCACAGUGGCUCCAGAAGACUCAAAAUGGAACAAGCAAGCAGAGACGCUGGGUGUGGAUUGUGGGCAUCAUCCUCAUCAUCUUAGCUGCUGGAGGCAUUGGGCUUGGUGUCUACGUGUCAGAGCAAGCCAAACCGCACUAUCGACCAGACGCCAUCGGUGGAAGUGCCAAUGAGGGCACCCGUGCUCUCUCGUCCACGAAGGGUGGCUCCGGCCCCACGUCGAUCAAAGGCGCAUUGGGAGGGGCGACAAGUGUUCUGCAUGUCAAACCAACGAACACUGUGGCGAGACGGGCCCCAGUGCCCCAGAUCACGAGCCAUGCCCGUCGAAACAAGCGCAUGGCAAGACUCGAGCCAGAAGGCGCACUAUAA